GCGGCGUGGGGCCACUUGUGAGCGCUGACAGAGCAAGAUCAAGCAGAAAGGAUAUGAGUGGGAAACUUCAAAACCUGCUCAUGUUUCUGGGCCUGUGAAAGGAUUUGUAUAACACAUUCACUUUUGAUGGACUUUCCCAUGUUCCCCCAGACAGCGCUUUUGCUGUUGACGUGUUCAAAUAAUGAAUCUCUUAUGUUUAUAAUUUUUUUUCAUCAGAGCAAGGCCGUGUUUCUAGUUGUUUUGCCGGGAUGCUGGGUAAUCCAGUCAGUCUCGCGCCACAGCCGAGAACAGAUGGAGUACCGCUGAUUCUACAGCUGCCAGGGAAACGGAAAAAGAAGCAUCUUCUGAUGAAUCCAAAGAAAUUGCUCAUACAUUGUCUUUCUCAGGCGCUGAAAUGGAACGUUUGUGUGUGAUUCUUUUGCUUGUAAGUAAAACUUUUAUAGUCAAUGCGCAAUUCAAUGGGUUCAACUGCGAUGCCAACUUUCACAGCCGCUUCCCCGCUGAGCGGGACAUCAGCGUGUAUUGUGGAGUGCAAACCAUUACGCUGAAGAUUAAUUUUUGCCCGGUGCUUUUCUCUGGCUACACCGACACCGACCUGGCACUGAACGGGCGUCACGGUGAUGCCCACUGCCGAGGGUUCAUCAACAACAACACGUUCCCAACUGUUGUGCUCUUCAGCAUCAGUCUCAGCACGUUGGAGGCUUGCGGAAACGCACUGGUGGUCUCAACAGCUCAGGGGCCCAACGCAUAUGGGAAUCUUUCCCUGGUUCAGAUUGGGAAUAUAGCUGGAUACAUUGACACUCCGGAUCCCCCAACGGUCAUCAGCUACCUACCAGGACUGCUUUACAAGUUCAGUUGUAGUUACCCACUGGAAUACCUGGUCAACAACACACAGCUUGCUUCGUCAGCUGCAGCGAUAUCAGUGAAGGACAGCAAUGGCACUUUUGUGAGCACGUUGAAUUUACUUCUAUACAACGACUCCACAUACAUCCAGCAUCUUGCCAUCCCAAUGUCUGGACUUACUUUGAAGACACGAGUGUUCGCCGCCGUAAAAGCAACCAACCUAGACAGGAGGUGGAACGUUCUGAUGGACUACUGUUACACGACCCCCUCUGGGAAUCCUAAUGAUGAACUCCGAUAUGACCUUUUCUUUGGCAGAUGCGAUAAGGACCCGCAGACAACAGUGUUUGAGAACGGGAAGAGUCAGAUGGGCCGCUUCUCCUUUGAGGUGUUCCGCUUUGUCAAGCACAAGAACCAGAAAAUGUCCACUGUGUUUCUGCACUGCGUCACCAAGCUGUGUCGCUCUGACGACUGCCCCUUGCUCUUGCCUAUAUGCGGUAAGAGGAAGAAAAGGGACACAUCGGAAAGAACCGGUGUGGCCUCUGACAACGCCGUCAUGACCGCUGGACCCAUCAUCACCAGAAGUGAUGAAACUCCCACCAAUAAUUCCCAACUAGCACAGUUAAACGGACCUCCAUUCAAAAUGAAUUCAGUGACGAGUGCCUUGAUUUCUGCCAUCGCAAUCCUUGGCGUUAUGAGCAUGUGUUUCUUCAUCCUGUCUCUGUCACUGCUGAGGGGGAAACGGACGCCACCAACACCUCUGUCAGGAACACACAACCCAGCGUUCAGCUAAACGCACACACGGCUGUUCAGUUAGCUAAACAAUGCAACAAUACCUGUGUGCGGAGCCUUUCGGUUUACACAAUCAUGCCAUACAGGGAAAUAAUAUCAUAAUACCACUCUACACAGCCUUUAGCUACACACAGUUUCCCUAUUUUGGUUAAAGCAUCAAUACAGCGAUUCUCAUUCCUGUAACUUUACAUAACACACAACCAUAAACCAUUAGAGGCUGAAUUUGAAAUGAUUCUCACACACAAAUAAACAGGAAGAACGCACUUAAAAGGUGCACUCAGUAAAACAUGUUUUCCUCAUUACACAGAAAAAAAUCAUUUUGGCAAAAUCAUGUGUACACAUGAGAUUUCAGUUAUAUAUGUAGCUCAAACUAAUUUAGGGGUUGCCAUGUUGAGAUCACAUGACCAGCUGAAUAGGCUACUACUGACUUUAUCUCGGUAACGCCUCUGUUAUUGGACAAUUUUGCUAAUGGAAUAAGUUAAUGAUGGCUGAUAAUGCAUUACAAUGGCAUUGGUAACUACAAUAGUAUUGAUAACUGAAAACAUUUGAUUUUGUGUAAAUCUGCAUCCACAACACUAGGUGUCAGUAUAAAUCUAAAAAGAUUUGCUCAUAAGCAACAACCACCAAGCCCAAUUUUAGGUCCAAUGAAUAAUUUUGUCAUUGUUUUGGCCACAAUUUCUUAUCCAACGCAACUACUUUCUCUCAUCGUUGAUGCAAGUGGCACUAUAGUUAAAUCUGUCCGCUUUUACGAUCAGAUUUCUCUUUCAGGCUGACUACUGUCAUAGAGGAGCGGCAGGUUAAAGGGAUAGUUCACCCAAAAAUGAAAAUUCUGUCAUCAUUUACUCACCCUCAAGUUGUUCCAAACCUGCAUCAAUUUCUUUCUUCUGCUGAACACAAAAGAAGAUAUUUUGAAGAAAAUGGUAACCAAACCAGACAUUUUGUUGGUAACCGAAGCAAUAGAAGUCAAUGGAGUCUAUCAACUGUUUGGUUACCCAUAUUCUUCAAAAUAUAUUUUGUGUUCAGUUGAAGAAAGAUAUUCAUAAAGGUUUAGAACAACUUGAGGGUGAAUAAAUGAUGACAGAAUUUUCAUUUUUGGGUGAACUAUCUCUUUAACCACAAUCUUGGUAAGCAAGCUAGUCAGUGUUUAUAACAAAUUAACUGAGCACAUUCACUUUAAUGUCCAAGUGCUCAUAGUCUGCAUUCAUGUACUCGUGUAAAAUAUAUAAAAAAAAUCAAGACAGAAUCUUCAUUUUUGGGUGAACUAUUCCAAUUUUUUUACACACUUUAUUUAAUUACACUUGUAAAUUAACUUAUCAACAGAGCAGUUUUAUACAAGUAUUUAAUUUGAAAUGUCAAUUGAUCCGGAUCUGUUGGUGCAGUGUAACUUAAAGUUAAUACCUCAGCCCCUCGCUUCAUUAUUGCAGGGUUUAAGAUCAGUUACAUGAAGAACAUAAGCUGAGGUAUCUAAUAGACCUGCUGAACACAUAUUUCUAGUUCAGUGAGAAUAUUAGAGGCUAUAUGAUGGAAUGUGAGGAGUCCAUUCAUCACGACGGCACAAAGGAUCAUGGGACACCAGUGAUUCCAAGUGCAUGACUGUUAGCAAUAAUUAGUUUGAGAGAGAGACCAUAGGGAACGGAUUUAAUUAAGUCGAACAGCAACCUAAAUCACUAUGCUAUGUGAUUGAGGUGGAUGUGAAGACUAUUUAAGAUAUUUUUAGUUUUAAUUAAUUGUAUUUGUGUUUACUCAUUAGUAUGCAUAUGUCUCUGUGAUACCCACUGAACAGUAAUGAGUCUUAGCAGGUAGUUUCACAUACUCUAAUUUUCAGUGUUAGUUAUUCUUUUUUUUAAUUUAAGAUAUUUGAAUGGAAUUUAUGUCCAAGAUAAUUUAAUUAAAUGUAACAACCCAUGUUAUUAUCCCCUCAAACACACAUUUGUAUUACUUUGUAGGUCUUUCUUUCCUAGUUUUUUAACAAUAAAGUAAAUUCAGAUGUG